AUCCCACUUUUCUUCCUUCAUGGAACUGAAGGUGGAAUAAAUGUCUGGUGUGGAUGUGGCCAAGCGACUCUAAGUGCUGCAUGCUUUCAGGGACAGGUGGCUAAGAUGCUGGAACAGUCUCUCUCUCUCUCUCUCUCUGCUGUUGCAACCAGGGGUGUAGUCGUCCAGGGUCUUAGACCCUUUACUUUUUUGGGAGCAAGGUCUCAGCAGGGUCCCUAUGUCUCUAGCAUCCUACGAGCCAAUUAGUGUGAAAGGGGAGUGUGUUAGCCACAGAGAAGUCUUCUAACAUGCUUCCUGGUCCAUUCCUGCUGAUUGGAAUCAAUCAGAGUGAAAGGAGGUGUCAGCCACUGAGAAGACUCUCUUCAGUUGUCAACACUAGCCCCUUUCAUGCUUAUUGACUCCUAGGGACGUCUGUUGUUGUGGCAAAAGGCAUUAACAAGGCUCUCAUUCAGCAAAAGAAGGGGGAGGGCCCCUGCACUUCUAAAUCUGCCAGGACACUACUGGUUGCAACAUUCACCCUGCAGCCCGUUUGCGCAGGGCAGCGCUAUGGCUCGCUGGCUCAGUACAACGCAAUGGUUCAACAGCCGUAUCGUCUUCGUCUCUAUCCUGGCUCUCAGAGCGGCUGACAAAAAAUCCGUGUCUAAGAUGGUCCCUCCCUGCCCUCAGACUCGCGAUCUACUAAGACGAGGCACACGAGGAGAAAGGAAAGGCGAAGGGCGGAGAAAAAAGCAAGCACAAGUUCUUCCAAGUUACCAUGCGGCAAUUAGACAGAAAUUGGCCUCCAUAGAUCCAGGGGGUUCUGGAGCUAUUAUUUCAAGUCCGGUUGUGCCCCACAACUCUUCUUUGCCCAUCAUGGGUCCAGGAGACUCUGCGUCAGUAUCUUCAGCUCAGAUUGUGACCCAGCAACCUCAGCUUUUAUCAAAUGCUGCAGCAAGCCAUUCCAUGCAAGGAAUGUUGAAGAAGUUCUAUAAAGGAGAGCCACUGGCCCUGGGGAUCACUCAGAUUCUCAUAGGCUUUACGGGAAUAUCUUUUGGCCUUGUGAUGAACAUUGUGACUGAUUACCAUUUAAUUUAUGCAAUAAUAAUGACACCUUAUUGGACAGGAGUGCCGUAUCUCAUUUCAGGAUCCCUGUCUGUGGCAGCCGCUAGGAACCCCAAGAAGCCACUGGUGAAAAGCAUGCUGGGAAUGAAUGUAGUGAGCGCUGUAGCUGCUGGCUUUGGGAUGAUCAUCCUCUCUUUGUCUUUGGAUAUUUACAGCCCAGGGUCUACUGCCGAGUGCAGCAACCUGGAUACAGAACUGGCCCGCAAGUGUUAUAACACCAAAGUCAUCCCUGAGAAUAUACUGUUUGGAAUGAUGGCUGUUCAGCUGGCAUUCACCAUCCUCGAAUUCUGCAUUGCAAUCUCCACUGCUGCCUUUGGUUGCAAGAUUGUGUGCCAGGACACCUACGCCGGAACGGUGGUGGUGGUUUACCAGAACACAGUUACAGACAAUGCUAGUACUGUCAAUCUCUCAGCUUCUUGCAAGGAUGCAGGAAACCUCUGAAUUAUUGUUCCUUCCAUCCAUUGCUCCUGGACUCCUGCCUCCAAAUCAAGAGCAAAAAGAUUCAGACUUCUUCAUCCACAUGUACAUAUAUACAAAAGAGGUUUCGUAACUGAUAUCUGAUUAAACAGAUAACCUGUCAAAGACAAAGUAUAUCAUGAACUGUAUAAAACACCAUAAGUAGGUAUGGAGAACAUGUAUGAUAGCACAGAAUGUUCCUUUUUGCUUGAGCCAUCAGAACAUUUUACUUUUGGACCACAAUUUUAAGAUUACGGUGAUAUAUAUUACAUGCUGAAAGUCUAACUUGGGAUGAAUGGAGACCUUUUAAAGUAAUUCAUAGCUACCAAAAGGAACCUGGCAAAGCUGCCCUUCCAUUUGCAAGCUGCCUUCAACCAUUAGCAAUUGACUUUAUAAAUGAUUGUACUGACAAUGUUGCACUGACUAGACCAUAGGAAAAACAGUGGAAUUCUAAGAGAAGCUGCCUGUUAUUGCAGGGGUAGGGAACCUCAGGCCCAAGGGCCAAAUAUGCCCCUCCAGGUCUCCCUCUUUGGCCCUUGGGACUUUCCCCAGGCCACAUACCCCUUCCCAGGUAACACCGGUCACAAGCCUUGCUUCACCCCUCAAGUGCUUUUUCCUGGCUCUUAACGUAUUGUGGACUGUGAUAAUGCGUCUAGCUUGACUGGAAAGAGGAUAGAGAGGAGUAAGUGUGUGUAGAAUCAUCCUACUUUUGCAUGCCUGGAAUGAAGCUUACUGGACAUAGCUAAGAAACAUGCCCAUUAUCUGCCCACUUUUGCUUCUGGUCUUGCCCACCAGUGCCAAGUGGUCCCUAGAAGGUAACCCACAACAAAAUGCAGCCCUUAGGCUGAUAAAAAAAAAUGCACAUUUAAAUCUUAAUAAUCAAUUAGAGAUGACUAUGGGGGAGUUUAGUAAACUGUUUCUAAACUUACAUUGUCACUAAGUUUGCUACUAUGUCAUUGCUGCCAUUUUUUUCUCUACGAUUCUAGAGAACUGUAAAUUUAGCUUAAAAGAUCUGUUCCCUUCCUUUUUAACCAGACCUUUGGCCCUUUAUUUGAACGGCUUCAGGUACUGGUGGCCUCUUAGUAUAGCAGGUUUUGUAAGACCUGCCUUUUAUCAGUACUGAUGUGUUUUUAGGUGCUUUUUAUUAUUAUUAUUGGUUUGUUACAAUUUAGUGUAACAAACAGUUUUAGUGUUUUCUUGUUGUUGCAAGUUGCUUUGGGUUGCAUUUGCGAAGAAACUGACUAAUAAUAAUAAUUUCUAUGUAUGAUUUAAUCAAGGCAGAGAUCCACUCAAAUAUUGUA